AUGUGGAUACAUAGAGAGAGAUCCUCAUAGAUGAUUAAGGAGAUAAGAGAAGUGAUAGGGAAAGAUCACCGCCCUACUCAGGAAAAAAAUCAAAUCAUAAAAGAGUUAAUAGAGGUUACAGGAAGAUUAAACUAUGAGACAAAAAGCAUAAAGGAAAAUAGAGAAAUAGAUCAGAGACAGGACGAUAUUAAGAACACCAGGAAUGAGGGUUAAGGACAUAAACGGAGAUUGAACUCUAAACCUUAUAUAUAUGUUUUGAACCUAUAUAAGAUGAUUUCGUUGAAGAAGUGCAAAAAAAAAUCAAGAAAAGAAGAUAAAUGCAGCUUAGUUAGGAUUAAAAGAAAUAUUGUGUGA